UGUUUUUAUGAAUUAAACUGUGAUGCGCAAUGAGGCCUAGUGACCCACAUUGAUUUGUUAGAAAUGGGUCUACAUGAAUCCACUUGGAUUUCUUUAUUGCAUUUCAAAUUUUUAUUUUCAAUGAUAUUAUAACACCACAAGCAGUAUGCUGAUUGACAUUUUCCUCAACCUAUGGUUUUCAGGAAUGUUUUUUUUUUUCUAUAAAUGGAUCCACAACUUUUGUUUGGAAGUAGAUUAAGAUUUAUAAAUAAGACAAUUGAAAUAUUCAAACUAUCCAAUCAUAAUUUAUUCAUGUCUAUUUAAAAAUAAUGAAAGAAGUAUUUUAAAUUAAAAAUACAGUAUAAAAAUAUACAGUAUAGUUGUGAAAUUAGAGAGCUCAAAAUUAAAUCAAGAUGCUGCUAUAGUACUAACAGUCCGAACAUCCGAACUCCACAAUUCAUUUUGUUUGGAUAAAGUACAGUACCAUAAAUAUGUGCACACUACCUUAAUGAAUGGGCUACAAGGUGGUCUUUACAUGUUUAUGGCACCAUGUGUCAAUAUUAACAUCUUGAUACUUUCUUUACUUUUAUUUGGAAUAUUUUGCCAUUCGAAAUUCAUGCUAUGUGCACGGUUGGAAAACAAAAAUGGAUGAGUAUUUAUCAAGUGUUCAAAUUCCAUUUCAUUUUAUCUGAGAUGAGACCUUUUCAUGCUUUGCAUUUGAGCUAACAUUAUUUGUGUUUUUUCUAGCCAAGAAUGCAAAUGCCAUCUGUUGACUGACAAAUAAAACAAACCAUGGAUGGUAGAGUUAAAUGAACAUCAUGGAUGUGAAUGGACAAACUAGACACAUAUUAAUGGAUAUGUGAAGAUGACAAUACAUCUUCAUAAUAACCUACCAACAUAAUUAUUGAAUCAUGUUGACCCUGAGACAACAGAUGUCCACAGGGAGGGAAAUAUUUCCAGCAAGUCUUCAAUCCUGAAAUUUCAGAGAAUUUACAAAAUUUUCAGUUAAGUAAUAGUUGACAUCAUGGCUCACCGGAAUGACGACAGCCGCAAGGGAAAAUCCAUUGAGACUUUUAGAAAUGAAGAAGUCAAAAACACGAAACAUAAGAAAAGACAUACAGGUUGCCAUUCCAAAAUGAAAGACUUUCUUGAGUCAAGGACACCUCCACUCCCGGCCAGCAUGCCCACAAUGGACGAACUCAUAAAACAAAGAGAAAUAUUACAAGAAGAAUUGGACAAAAUAUCAAAAAAUACCGCAGAAUAUUCUAUAAUGAAUAAAUCUAGAUCAUAUCACAAGAAACCAAGAAACACUGAAAAUUUUAAACCUCAUAAAAAACGUAAAAGCGAAAGUUAUGACAGUGACUUGAAGGAUGAAGGAAAAAAGCAACGUAAGCUUGUUGAUAGUCCCCCUCAUUUUAUUGAUGAGAACUCGGAAGACGAGGAAAAUAUCAUAGAAAUUAGAAGAAGACAACGGAAACAACUACUAGAAAAACUAAAAUUAACACAUGAAGAUCAUGCCGACAAAGUAGCUCAAAAUAUUAUUUCAUGUCAUAAAACUUUCGCUGAUAAUAAUAAAAGUGAUCAAACUACCAUAAAACCAGUUAUUCAAAAUACAGAUAGUAAAAAAUCAACUGACAUGUUUGCAGAUACGAAUAAAGCAUCAACUGACAUGUUUGCCGAUUUAGAAACAUUUACACCUGAUUAUGUGCCUGCUGGUGUAACCAAAGACAACAACAACGAUAAUCCUCAGCUGACAGAAAACUGGGACGACCCUGAUGGCUAUUAUAAUAUUAGAAUUGGUGAUGUGCUGCACAACAGAUAUACUAUCAAAGAUACUUAUGGACAGGGCGUUUUUGCGAACGUAGUGCGCGCUCAAGACAAUACUGCUCCAAAUAAUGACGUAGCCGUAAAGAUAACAAGAAAUAACGAUCUCAUGAGAAAGACUGCUCUAAAAGAGAUUGCCCUCUUAAAAGAAGUUAACGAUGCGGACCCCGAGGAUAAAAAUCACUGCGUAAAGCUGUUGCGACAUUUCGUGCACAAAAGUCACUUGUGUCUAGUGUUAGAGCCUCUUCACAUGGACAUGCGCGGCAUUAUUAAGAAGUACGGCAGACACGGAUUAAACUUGAAAGCAUUGGUGAGCUACAGCAGGCAGCUUCUCCUAGCGAUCAGACAUCUAAAAAAGCUUGGUAUCAUCCACGCCGAUAUAAAACCAGAUAAUAUAUUAGUAAACGAGAAGAAAAACACGUUAAAGCUGUGUGAUUUCGGGUCGGCGGGUAAAGUUGACGAUGCGGAGCCCACGCCUUAUCUGGUGUCCAGGUUUUACAGAGCCCCGGAAAUCAUUUUAGGUCUACCUUACUCGCACGGAGUUGACAUGUGGUCCACCGCGUGCACGAUUUACGAAAUGGCGGUAGGAAAAAUACUCUUCACGGGAGGUUCGAAUAACAAAAUGUUGAAAUGCUUUAUGGACGUUAAAGGCAAAAUACCAAACAAAAUGGCGAGAAAAGGCAAAUUUAAAGAUCAGCAUUUUAACUACAACCAUAAUUUCUUACUUCACAAGAAAGAUGAAGUUACUGGCAGAGAAAAAGUAGUAGAAUAUAGCAACAUUAAAGUAACUCGAGAUUUGGGGAAAGAACUAGGAAGAUCGAUAAAUGAUGACAGGAAAGUUACUCAUCUUAGAGAAUUGUUAGACAAAAUGCUUGUCUUGGACUCUGCGCUAAGGAUAUCCCCCACAGAUGCCUUAAAACAUAUAUUUAUUAGAGAACAAGUGGAAAAAUAAUUUAAACAAAAAAAAUGGAAUAAAUGCAGUAAUUUAAUU